GAGGUCAAGAUGGCGCGCUACAGCAUGUGAAGGGGACUUACCGGGAACCGAUUGUUCGCUUUAAGAACAUGUUCAAAACACCAUGUAGCAGACUGACGGGAGUUUGGAAAUACCUACUACGCGAUGGUUUGGUUGUCAGCUUGCAGCUGAAGCACAUUGCAAAUCAAUCUAGGAGUCACCUGAGUGCCAGGAGUUUGAUUCGGUUCUGCAGAAAGAAUCAAGCAGAAUGGAUCACAUUCCAGCACUUCUGCUUCCUGAAGAGACAGUAUGUUAAGAGUAGCGAUGGUCUGUGUCAGAGACUGAGACACAAGCAGGAGCCUGUUACCUCUGUUCUGGAUGAGCGAGAUGAUUCGGUUAAAAGACAGGUUCAGCAAAUUCCAGACAUAAAGCCCAAGUCUGGUACUGUGGUGCAGCCAUGUGACCCACAGAACAUCCAGAGUGAACCAGAGGCGGUAAGGGAGGCACGCUUAGAUGCCCGACAGUGGAAGGAGCUGAGGGUAGAAUACAGUGAUUUGCCAGGGAUCUACGCACGACUCUCCAAACUCAAACUAACGGCUCUUGUGGUUACUACGGCAGCUGCUGGCUAUGCCAUGGCUCCGGUGCCUUUCGACCCCAUCACUUUUAUGAUGGCUGCAGUCGGAACCGGUCUAUCUUCCUGUACAGCCAAUUCCAUCAAUCAGUACUUUGAGGUGCCCUUUGACUCUAACAUGAAUCGUACCAAGAACAGACCUCUGGUCAGAGGACAAAUCAGCCCACUCCAUGCAGUGUCAUUCGCGCUGGCAUGUGGAAUCCCAGGUGUGACCCUGUUGACCCUGGGCGUGAAUCCCCUGACGGGCAUUCUGGGUGCCCUAAACAUCUUCCUGUACACAUGCUGCUACACUCCCCUGAAACGCCUCAGCAUCACCAACACCUGGGUGGGCGCGGUGGUUGGCGCAAUCCCACCUGUUAUGGGCUGGACUGCAGCCACUGGCUCUCUUGAUCUAGGAGCUCUCUUGCUGGGAGGUUUCCUGUUCUCCUGGCAGUUUCCUCACUUUAAUGCAUUGAGCUGGAACCUGAGAGAGGACUACUCGCGAGGCGGGUACCGAAUGAUGUCCGUCACUCAUCCAGCCCUUUGUAAGCGUGUGGCCCUCCGCCACAGUGUAGGUCUGAUUGGCCUCUCUGCCUUGGGCCCCGUGCUGGACGUCACCACUUGGACCUUUCCCUUAGUCUCUCUGCCAAUUAACCUUUACAUCAGCUACCUGGCCUUCAGGUUCUAUCGGCAUGGUGACAGGCAGAAUGCCCGCAAGCUGUUUUUCUGUAGUCUCUGGCAUCUGCCCAUGUUGCUGCUCCUGGCACUCACCUGCAAAAAGAGUAAUGCGAUGCAGGACAAGGCAGCUGUAGCCCCUAUUACGGCAUCUCUGACUCUGUAGAGUCAAAACAAUCACUCUAUGGCCAUUGCCAUUGUUUUUCAUAUUCAUCCUGACCCGCUUUCUGGAGAUAAUUACUGUUUGUCCCAAAAUUAACAAAAUCUUGCAAUUAAAAAGAUUAUGCACCUUUAAAGGGAAUGACAAAAUGGAAAACAUGCCUAAUGGUCAUAACCAUAAUCCCUUUAUUAAUAUUGAGGUUUUUGUCAGGGAGAAAUUACGACAUUGUUGAGGCUUGUGUAUUAAUACACAGUAAAGAUUUAAAAAUCCCUGAAUUCAUUCAGUUAGCUUGUUCACAAAUCAAUGCUAUGUGUGUGUAAAUACAUGAUAUAUUUAUUUGAUACGGCCCCCCUGUUAUAAACAAAUAAUGUAAUUGACUUUGAUUGUACAGACAAAUAUACAAAAAGAUUGAGCCCUGACAAGUUAAUAUGGAUUAAUUAUGUUAUAGACACUUUUCACAACUUGUGUCUCAUUACCGUAAUGCAACCAGCUGUUUUACUUUUACUAUUCCCAUUGUCUUCAGUGAUGAUUUUCAUGCUGUUUUUUUGGUUUUUUUUUACUGUGUAACAGUAAAACAAUGCUAUUGUACAAUUAUUUAAUUAAAAUCAUCAAAUUUAUAGCAUUAACAAGGGGAUACAUCCAAGACGUAUUUGUACUUUACCAAAAAAAAAAAAACACUUUCUUUUUACAGCAUUGCGUUAAUGAGAAUAUAAUUAUUAUAUUAUAUAAUUAGAAUAUUAUUUUUUUUUUUUAAAAAAAGCAUCUCAUGGGUCACAAGAGCUCAUAAUGAAGCAUUUAGCAUUGUGGUAAUGAAAAUGUGGGGUUAAAAUUGCAUAACUAUCAUUACAAUAUCGCCAAAAAAAAAAAAAAGUCAAUGGCCCUAAAAAUAGGCGGCAUUUUCUAUUUGCAAUGUGUCAUUUCUCUUAUUUGAUUAUAAAUUAAAAUAGGACCAGGAAAUGUUUUGACGGAUUUCAGGAGAAUCAACUGCAUACAUUUGCCUGAGAUUUGCCAAUAUUGUCAAACUAUGUUUGGGUCUAAUGUUGUCAUUAUUGUGGAUAUAUGGCUUGAUGCUUUAUAGGCCAAAUAAGAGAACGGUUUAAUGUGCUUUGAAAUUAACAGAGUAAUCAGCAACAUUUACAUGAUACAUGCAAGUUUGUUCUUAACUAAUUACUUGGAUAAUCAGAUAUUUAUUUUGGAUUUCUAAGUCUGAUAAAAAUAUAAUUUUGGCAGUGAUUGAUUCAGUUAAGAAAAACAUUCUCACUGUUAGCCUGGAAGUCUUUAUUCUGCAUCCUUGUUUAAAUUUUCGUCCCUCUGACAACGUUCUGGCAUUAAAGAUGCUUAAGUUUUGAGAACAAAUCAAAUAAACGUUCAACUCACUCAGCCAUUCCCAGAAUCACAGUAAUGGUGAAUAAAUGUACAGAGUGCUGAAUACCACUGAAGUCUGAUCAGUCCAAACGGUGAAACACUGAACACGUGUAGAUGUAUCACCUUCACUGUUUACGAUCAUCUGACCUUACUGUUUCAAUUACCUGUGUUAGAUGCAAAAGAACAAAUGUUAUUUUUAAUAAAUGUCUUGUG